AUGGCCAAAAGGAUCAUCGCUACCACCCCUUCCGCACCGGACGAGCCGAGUCGUCCCAAACGAAUGCGACCGAUGCCCUUGUACGAGGCUUCGUCCCAGUUCAGGUUAGUUAGUCCCGGCCUCGACUCCCCCUCUGGAAGGUGACUGACCAGCUGGGGUAUCUUCGAUGUGAUAGGCAUUGGAGAUUCUCUGCUUCGCGAUUGGAUCGGUUACGACACGAGUUGAAUGCCGAGGCUGUCAAGGUUGUUGCGGCAAAGGUCGAACAGGAGCAAGUCAGUCAGCACUUCACUUCCCCCACUUGCUUGUUCCUUCGCUCCCUAAGCACUCAUGCUCAGCAUACCCCGUCUCAUCCAGGCCCAAGUCCAAGCAUCAACCAGCACCGAAACGCCAGAUAUCGAAACUCCGCCCGUCCCGCCUGCCGAACACAACUACCUCUCCGCGUCGGACGAGCUCGCCCUGGUGACGUACUACCUCGUUCAAAUACCCGGCCUGUGUCGGGCCUUCCAUUUGCCCGAGAUCGUCCAAGCGACGGCUCAGUCGUACCUCAAGAGGUUUUACCUCAGCAAUACGUGUAUGGAUUAUCAUCCCAAGCAUGUCAUGUACGUCCAACCCCAACUACGAUCUAGGCGUAGAGGGUUGGGAGUGGGGGGAAGAAUUCUCCUUCCCCCGAGCCACGCCUGUCGCCUGUCGCCUGACCAUCAUCUUCCCUUCAUCUCACACAGGCUCACCUGCGUCUUCCUGGCCUGCAAAACGGAAAAUCACAUGCUCUCAAUUGACGGCUUUGCGUCCAAACUCAAAGAAACACCCGCUUCGAUCCUCGACCUCGAAUUUCUCGUCUCCCAAUCGCUCAAAUUCGAAUACAAGGUCCAUCACGCCUUCACCGCUGUUCAAGGGCUCGGUUUGGAUCUUCAGGUCGGUUAAAAGGCAGCCGAACCAACUGAGUAAAGAGAGAGAGCUGACCAACUUUGUCGAACUUGCAUGUCCCCCCACCUAGACGACCCCAGCACCCCUUGAAUCCAUUUCAACCCUCUACGACCCCGCGCUCAAACACGCCCGUACGGCGCGUUUAACGGACCUCGAAUUCCUCUACUCGCCUUCCCAAAUCGCUCUUUCCUGCGUGCGUCUGAUCGAUCCUCUCGCAGUCGAAACUUGGCUCGACGCCAAAUUCGACCUCGUUUCGAAAAAAUCAACCACUCCUGAAGAUGAAGAGGGUGAUUCCGAUCGAGCGGAAUUGGAUAAAAGGGGUUUGUUGAAGCAGUUGGAUCGGAUAGGAGAGGUCAUCAAGGAUGUGGAUGAGAAUGGCGCGGUGGAUAAGGAGAAAGUUAAGCAGAUUGAUCGUAGGUUGAAGGGGGCCAGUAAUCCGGAGAAGGAUCCUAAAUCCAUCUUGUGAGUCCAGUCUAGGCGCAGCCAGGAGGACCUCGAGGUUGGGGGUGGCAACUAAUGUCUUUCUGAGCGUCGACGGUCGGGCGUGCAGGUACAAGCAAAAGCAAGAGGGAAUGGCCCGAGCGAGGGAGGAGAAAUCCAAGGCCAAGUCGGCCGCACGACCUCCAAACGACGACUCGAGUGUCUUUGACUAG